CAUAAACCCACCCAACAAGAAGCCCCCCAACCAAUUGCAACUAUCCAACUCAGCCUCCUUACUACCUCCUACCUUAUCCUCCCUCCACCACCAAUCUCUUCUUCACAGAAUCUAAAACACCUCUUUCUUCCACACCCUUCCUCUCACUCUGCAACUCCCCAAACAAAUAGGCAAGAAGAAAAAGACGAAAAAGAAAAAGAAAAUCUAAAGCAAAAAUGUCUCUCACUAUUCCCACCAAUCUCUCCAAACCCAUGUUGAAGCCGAAGUUGGGGUCUCCAUUGACCUCAAGAUCGAGGUCUAUGAUACUCUGUAGCUCAGCCUCUCAAAACAGCAACCCGGAGAAAACUUCCAGCGCUUCCACCUCACUGCAGGCCUUCUCCGCAGCACUCGCGCUCUCCUCCAUCAUUCUCUCGGCCCCAGUCCCCGCAGCCAUGGCCGACAUCGCGGGCCUAACCCCAUGUAAGGAGUCCAAGCAGUUCGCGAAGCGCGAGAAGCAGCAGAUAAAAAAGCUGGAGUCGUCGCUGAAGCUAUACGCGCCAGACAGCGCGCCGGCGCUUGCUAUCAAAGCCACGAUAGAGAAGACGAAGAGGAGGUUCGACAACUACGGGAAGGCGGGUUUAUUGUGCGGGACGGACGGGCUUCCUCAUUUGAUAGUAAGCGGGGACCAGAGGCACUGGGGGGAGUUCAUAACGCCGGGGCUUCUGUUCCUGUACAUUGCGGGGUGGAUCGGGUGGGUUGGCCGGAGCUACCUGAUUGCAAUAAGGGAUGAAAAAAAGCCAACGCAGAAGGAAAUCAUCAUCGAUGUGCCGUUGGCUUCGAGGUUGGCCUUCAGAGGCUUCAUCUGGCCUGUCGCUGCCUACAGAGCAUUCGUCACCGGCGAUCUUAUUGCCAAGGACGUCUAAUUCUUCGCUUUUAUGCUUUUUUUUCCCUCAGUGACAUGCAUGGGAGAAAAGAAUCUGGGAGAUCAGGGAGAAGGAGGAUACAUAGGUGGAGUGCCUGACAUGAAUGUGAAUUUGUUUAAGGAUCAGAGGAAUGGUGUGGAGUAUUUUCUUGUAUUUAAAGUGUAAAAGUUUACUUGAUUAUGUGUAAUGCUUGUUCUGGACACCCGAUGAAAUCCAGCCUUGAAUUUCAGUCCUUA